CCUGUUCGUAUGAACCCUUUGAGCCCUCACUGGUCUACUUCCGAUUUCUGGAGAAGCAAAUCCCGAGAGCUUUACCAGCGUUUCUAUGGCAUCCCACAACCAUAUUGACGACGACGAUGAUUUCGGCGGCGAUUUUCCUGGAGCUCACAGUUCCAGGCGUUCUGGGAACAAGAGAGGAUUUGGGGACCUCGAGGACGAUGAAGACGACUUUUUUGGCUCGAAGAAGGCUAACUCAAAAGUUGAAGAAACUGCUCCUGGGGUAGCAACAGGAAUGAUACUGUCUCUUCGUGAAAGUCUUCAAAAUUGCAAAGACAACCUUGCAACAUACAAAACGGAACUUGAGGCGGCAAAAUCUGAGAUUCAAAGGUGGCAUUCUGCAUUUCAGAAUGAAUCCUUCAUACCUAUGGGGACUACUCCUGAACCUAAACUGGUAAUCAAUUACCUUCAGAGCCUGAAGAGCUCUGAGGAGUCCUUGCGAGAACAGUUAGAAAAAGCAAAAAAGAAGGAAGCUGCAUUCAUAGUGACAUUUGCAAAACGAGAGCAGGAGAUAGCAGAGCUGAAGAGUUCAGUUCGAGAGUUGAGAGUACAACUGAAGCCACCAUCAAUGCAGGCAAGGAGGUUGUUACUAGAUCCAGCAAUCCAUGAAGAGUUUACACGUUUAAAGAAUUUAGUUGAGGAGAAGGACAAGAAAGUGAAGGAGUUGCAGGAUAAUAUUGCUGCUGUCCAAUUUACCCCUCAAAGCAAGAUGGGAAAGAUGCUGAUGGCUAAAUGUAGGACCUUGCAAGAGGAAAAUGAGGAGAUUGGAAAUCAAGCUGCUGAGGGAAAGAUGCAUGAUUUGGCUAUGAAACUUGCUUUGCAGAAAUCCCAAAAUGCAGAACUCAGAAAUCAAUUUGAAGGACUGUACAGACAGAUGGAGGGGCUAACAAAUGAUGUGGAAAGAUCAAAUGAAAUGGUGCUUAUAAUGCAAGAGAAGCUGGAAGAGAAGGACCAGGAGAUCCAAAAGCUUAAACAAGAGUUGCAACAGAGAAGUUCAAUAGAGGAGAAAGCUGAUUCACCAUCUGAUAAAAUUAAGACUGAAUUGACUUAAUGCGAAGCUGAUAACUGAAAUAUAUAAACUUGGCGGAAUUUUGUAGAAUAUUAUUCUCUCUCUCCUUGUUAUUUGUACAUUAAACAUUAGUUAUAUUUUUUGUCGUACUUUUUAACCAAAAUUUGUAAUGUAGGCACCGAGGCAAUCCUACAAGGUAGGAUGGCUCAUCAUCUGGUGAUUGAUGGUUCCUUACAAUAAUUUCCAAAGUGGCUUGGUAAAACAUGGUUAGGUAUCAAGUCGCAGGACAAAAUGUCUUAUCAAAACUCAUGCCAAUCAAUGGAUCUAACACUUUU